CGUAAAUAUUAAAGGAUUGAGAGAUACUCGUAAACUGGUAACUCUGGGAGGAAUACCAGCUGGACCACCUCAAGGUCGUAUGGUGUGGUGGAGGCAGUGUUGUGGUGGCUGGGUGCAGUGUUGGUGAAGACUUAUCAACAGGGACGUGUGAGGAGACGUUUAUUGACGGUGUCGCUGCUGUAGUCGGUACAGCAAGCAAGAUGGCGACCCUGCAGCUGUUGGCCUCAAGCGAGAGGUGUGUGGAUGAGGGUCUGGAGGCUGUAGCAGCAUCCAACCCGGGCUUCCACCUCAUCCCCCUGCACCGGGUGAUUGUCGAUCGACGCUGGUUGCUCAAGGGACCCAACAGAAGACGGAAAGUUGCUCUGAUUUCCGGCGGAGGAUCCGGCCACGAACCUUUCUCUGUGGGGUUCGUGGGUAGUGGGAUGUUGGCGGCGUCGGUAUCCGGACACGUCUUCACCUCCCCUCCACCGGCUGAUAUCGUCGCCGCUAUCACAGCCGUCGGGAAGGAUAACCCAGACGGGGUGCUGGUGGUAGUCUUCAACUAUACUGGCGAUCGUAUCAACUUUGGCCUGGCCGUCGAGCGCUGCCGAGCAGCAGGGAUGAGGGUGGAGAUGCACAUCUCAGGCGACGAUUGUGCCCUGACGGAGCUAGAGGGCACGGCGGGGCGACGUGGCCUCUGCGGCACACACUUCAUCUUCAAGAUCGUAGGGGCGCUAGCGGAAGGCGGAGCGAGCCUGGAGGAGGCCCUCAGCGUCUCCAGGAAGCUAGGGGAGGCUAUAGGAACUAUAGGUGUGGCUGCCAGCGGGUGUACCCUGCCUGGGGCGGCGUCGCCGCUUUUCACCGUGCCUGCUGGGGUCCUGGAGCUAGGUCUCGGCGUCCAUGGGGAGUCAGGCGCCGCUACCAUCAAGGCGGAGUCGACGCAGCAAGUGGUCGAGGCAAUGUUGUCUCACCUGACGAAGGAGGACUCGGCCACCAGACUUGACCUGCAGGAGGGGGAUAAGGUGGCAGUGAUUGUCAACAAUCUGGGGUCACUCUCGCAGCUGGAGAUGAGUAACCUCACCAAUGAAGUCGUGUCUCAGCUCAAGUGUCGCGGGGUGUGUGUGGAACGGGUGUACCAGGGAGCAUUGAUGACUAGCCUGGAUAUGAAGGGCUUUCACUUGUCGGUAUUGCGGCUGCUAAAUCCGGCUUGGUUGACCCUUCUCGACGCCCCUACCACCGCCCCUGCAUGGCCGGCUCCCUGCCUGCUGGCUCACGACGCUGUCGGAGACCUCUCCGUUCCUGACCUGACCCUUACUCUCACGCCGGAAGACCUGGAAUCCGGAUGUAGGUCUUGGGACUCGUCAAAGGCCGGAAGACUCCGGUCGUGUCUGGAGGCUGUGGUGAGCCGGAUGCCAGCCCACGAGGACACCCUCAACACCCUGGAUACUCUCUGUGGGGACGGCGACUGUGGCUCCACCCUCAUGAAGGGCAUUACUGCCGUGUCAAAACAGAUGUCCGGACUCAACAUGACACAGCCCCACCAGGUCCUAGGUGUGCUAGGGGACGUGUCCGCCAACGCUAUGGGUGGUACUUCAGGAGGGUUGUACUCCAUCCUGUUCACGGCGGCAUCUGCUUCUCUGGCAUCCCACGAAUGCUCCCACCGUAGCGCCUGGGCUGCAGCCCUCAGGGCCGGAUGUGAAGCCAUCAGCAAGUACGGUGGGGCCGCACAGGGAGACAGGACCAUGCUGGAUGCCUUGAUACCAGCAGUGGAGGUCUUGGAGAGUACCUCCGACGACCACGACCUGAGAAGUCUUCUGCAGGCCAUGGCCGCAGCUGCUGACGAAGGGGCUAAGAAAACAGCACACAUGAAAGCAAGAGCUGGACGAGCCACGUACGUGAGAGAGGAGAAUGUGAAGGGCGAGGAUGCUGGAGCGAGAUCUGUGGCCCACAUCCUGCAUGCUCUGGCUCACUACUGACGCCUCGUCGUCGGCUAGCCUUUAGCCUAAGAGCCCUAAGGUCUUCACCUAUUCCUGACAUGUCUGAGGUUUUGGACUUGCUCUGGGCAGCUUUCAGCAGGCCGUCGGUACUGGCGAGACUCGUAUAAGGCUGGAUUGAGGUCCAACAUUCAGUGACCUCUACUGAUCUACGUUACUCUUUGUUGUCAGUAGUAAAUAUUCUGCUGAUCUUCAGCCGCCUAUGUCAUGAUCCGUUCCAGUUGAGAAACCUUUUUUUUUCCAUGGGUGAAGACUGGCUUAGGGCAGUACUGUGGUGUGUGUGUGUGGUUCAUGAGGCUAUCGUGUGAUAUAUUUUGUUGAAAAUAUAUAUAUAUAUAUAUUUUUUCGUUCUACCUAAAUGAGGAUGUUUAGAUAAUGUGCGUAACUGUGUUCUUAUAUAAAAUAGCAUUUGGUUGUCUAUAAUAUUUUUAUUUAAAUAUUUUUUGUGCUUAAACUGCUAAUAUUAGCUAGUUUUUUUUAUUGGCUCAAUAUAAUGUCCAACUACUUGGGCUGGACGGUAGAUCGACGGUCUUGCUUCAUGCAGGUCGCUGUUCAAUCCCCGACCGUCAAAGUGGUUGGCCAGCAUUCCUUCUCCUCCCCCGUCCCAUCUCAAAUCCU